UAAAUUUCCUAAUAAAGUUAUAAUAUUGAGAUAUUGAGAAGAUGCAGCAUUUCAGUUUUUAAGCUAAUAAUAGAGAUAACAAUGCCAAGAAGAUGCCUUGGAUCGGCCCCUCCUCAUUUCAGUUAGUUUCUGAGAGUUCAUUGGGAGUAUUUUAAUGAACACAAGUAGUAUUUUCUUAUAUAACUGUGGUUUGAAUGGCUACCUUGCAAUAUGAAAGAAUCCUCAGACUGUCCUCUGAUACCCGUGACAUGGUCAGCAGAGUCUGCUUGUUGAGUUUGAUGCCCUUGAGCUUCAUGCACUAUAUGUACUAAAACAAAUGGAAGAGCCAGUGGUGAAGAGUUCAUACCCUGAAAGAGUCAUGAACUAAUUCUUCUUAGAAGACUGAUGAAAGCUUCCAUAUGGUAUGUUCCCUGUUUCUUUCUCUCUUUUUUUUAAGCUAAAGAGGGACGGUCAAACAACAUCAUGCCCAUUUAAUAAUGACAGGAGCUGAAGGCAAACAAGAUGCAAUCGUUUCUUGGUACAAUCACAGCUUUGUAGCUUUACUCAAUCUUUGAGCAGUGAAUCAGAUGACUAAUUUGAGGCAGACUGCUAGACAUUUCUGCUGCGCUAUUUAUUUUUUUUACUUACCUUAUUUUCUACUCGGAUAACAAAAUGAAGCCCCUUCAUGUCCUUGUGUUUUUUUGCUUCUCAGUUGUGGGUAUGGAGGCCUCAGAAGUGCUGGAGGUGAGCGGCCGUGUUGGAGGUGAGGUCUCCAUCCACUGCUCCGGUAGCUGGAACAGAGACAGCGGUGCCAAACACAACAGCAUGUAUUUCUGCAAAGGAGUCUGCUCCAGUGAAAGCAUUCUCAUUCAGAGUGAGAGGAGGCGAUCCACUGUCGUAAGUCAAGGGAGAUACAGCAUUAACAAUGCCAGAGAAGAUGGAGUCUUCAAUGUGGCUAUAAAGAAGCUGGAGAAAGCGGACACAGGGAGAUAUCGCUGUGGUGUGGAGAAAACCUUGAAUGUGUUGUAUCAGGAAAUCAAUCUCAUAGUUGUAGAAGCUUCCACUGUUCCCAGAUCUCCUUCCUCCACUACUAUCAUUCCAAACAAAACAGCACUUCUUUCACAUGACAGCUUUACAUCCAGCACCGAGCAAUCACCAGCACCAUCUUCACCCUCAGAUGGAAAGAGAAACAGACAUGAAGCAUCCCGACUCACAGAUACCACAAUGGUCAUCAUUGUCUCAGGGAGCUUAGCUCUUCUGGUCUGUGCCAUCAUCCCUGUUAUUUUCUAUGGACACUGGCGGAGUCACACAGGUCCGAAAAGAGAUGAAGACAACAAGGGUGAGGGUGAUCAUCGGGAGGAGAAUACAGAUGUUGCAUCUGGUCAGGUUGCAGUGGAGCUGCAGGCUUUUGAUUCAGAUGUUGCUCCAGAGACCGAUGAUAAUUACACCUCCGAAUAUGCUGCCAUCUACCAGGCACAGGAACCUCAAACCAUGGACUGAGAAGUCUUUUUUGUCCUGACAGCUUAUUUUCUUCUUUGAAUUUUACAUAAAAUAAAGUAACUA